AUAUAUUUAUAUGGUGGAAUUACCAUGAUUUAUUAAAUUACUUUUGGUUCUACGAUUGAAAAUUCUAUUUUAACUGAAAGUUAAUCAAUAUAAACCAGCAGACAGAAGAACUAACACAGUAUGCUUGCCGACGGGGAAUACGUCGAUGGAUCAUGGUUGUUAUCAGUACACAUAGAUGAUUUGAAUAUUGAUCGUCAAAUUCGUGUACACGGUGAAUGGUCUAUCGGUGAGUUGUUAGUCCAGUUAACUGAAGGCUUAACAUGUCCACUGCCUAAACCAUUGGGUCCAAAUGAAAUAAGUUUGCGGUCAAGUUCUGUAAGAAUUGGUUGGGGUGAUUAUGGUUUAUGGUGGCCAGCACGAUCAAAAUGGUUGUUAAGAUCUCAAUCCAGUCUAAAUCAAUAUGGUUUACAAGCAGAUGCUAAACUACGCUUUCUAUCAAUCUAUGGAAGUUUACAUGUCCAGUUGCCAGAUUUACAAAUUCGUGAAUUUGUUGAUGUUAAUUAUGCUGAACCAGUUUUCCGGGUCACUCUGUCUCUUUGUCGUUAUUUAAAUAUACGACAUCCUGAGGAGUUGUCACUUGCUCAUCCUAUUCAACAGAAUGACUUGAAACAUUCACGUUUUGCUCCAGGUUUUAUUGAUCGACGUUAUCAUACUAUAUCAUCGAUAGGUAGGCAUGCUACAUUUCAACGUAGUGCUACAAUAAAUACAACACAUUCACAGUAUAAAACACUGUGUCGAGAAUCCUUGUUCCAAAUGAAUGGUGUGAAUAAUACAAAUGAGGCCGAUAGACAGGAUAGAGCUAAUUCUGAAGGUGCAUCAAGAAAGAGCUCCUCUUCAUCAAGACAAUCAGCACAUCUUUUCGGCCCCCCAAGAAUCCGUGAUAAACGUACACAUUUCUAUCCAAAUUAUCAUCGAUAUUCACGUCCAGAUUCUGGAAAUUUCUCUAAAAUCACCUACUCUCCAAUCGCUUUUGAUCUACGUAUUCUAGAUGAUUCUUCGUUGGCAUUCAGUCCAACUAUGAGUGUAGAAGAUGCUAUACAAAAAGGAUUAAUUGUUCGACCAAGUAAUUAUACUCAACGAGUUCGACUGAAUGCAGCCUGGUUAGACUCAUCUAAAUCUCUCUUGGAACAAGGAAUUGAUGCACGUGGUUAUCUAUCGAAGUUGGAUAAUUUAAACUCUCCGCCAAUUAGCCGACCAGCUUCACCAACUCAUCUACAAAAUGGUGAUCAUCAGAACAAACCAACUAAGGAGGCUAAAAAACCUCCAACACUUUUAUUACGCUAUAAAUAUGGAACGUUUUAUGAUUUAAAUAUUAAAUAUGAUGCAAUUCGUAUAAAUCAAUUGUAUGAACAAGCUAAGUGGUCAAUUAUUUCGGAGAUAUUAGAAGUCACAGAUGAAGAGGCCUGUUUAUUUGCUGCGCUACAAGCUCAAGCUGAACUGGCCACUGAACAAGAAGCCCUACUAAACGAUGAAAAUCUAUCACACAGCCAAGAGAUGAAUGGCAACACCACAGCCAUCGCCAAUACCACAGCUAACGGUACAAAUCAAUUACUCGAUAAUCUGCUGGAGAAGAGUAUUGCUGAGAACUGUAAGACAAAUAUGAAAAAGAUAACAUCAACAAUGGUGAUACACAAUCGUGAUAUCUCUCCACUCGGUAGGUAUCUACACACAGGUCGGCAUAUAAAAACACUAUCUAGACCAAUGAGUGCAGUAGAGUUGGAUAGUGAAAUCGAUGCUAUGCUUGAAGAGUUGUCAAUGAAUUGUCUAGAGAAUACAGAUGGUUGUCUACCAUCAGAUGGAAUUAAGACACAGCAUCGUUCAAGGCCAAGACAACGAUCACCACGUCCAUUAAGUCUGUUGGAUAAUAUGGAUGGGGGAAGUGACUUGUUACAGGAUACAAAUGACAGUGAUCCUGGUCUACCAGAGUUGAACACUUAUGUGAAGAUCUGUAAGCCAAGGAAAUUCGGUUUGAAGGUGUAUCGUCGUUAUUUUAUGGCGGUUAAACGAACUGAACUUUUCGUUUACAAGAACAAAGACGACUACAAAUCGGAAAGUGAUGCAGCUGAAGUCAUCUAUCUACCAGGAUGUGAAAUUCAACCAGAUCUAUGUGUUUCAUCAGAAAAAUUCAUUAUCCGUCUAUAUGUACCUGUGUCACGAACAAAUCUCCCACUGUCUACAGCCUUUGCAACUAACAGUCAUUUGGAUGACCUGCAGACUGACGAUGAAGACCCUACAGUCGGUACAAAACUGAAACGAAGAGCCUCCUUGCUAUCGUUAACUUCGCUAUCUCAUUUAAGCAAUGUACUCGGUAUCUCAUCGAAUGGAUCACACAAUGGCCCUAUCGGUGUCAGUGGUAUCGGUGCACUGAGCGGAUCGUCAGCGGCAAUGACUGGGCUAGUCAACGAAUUGUGGUUACGCUUCCCUAGUUUAAAUGAUUACAUGGAUUGGUUGGCUGUAUUUCGAAUCACUACAGCUGUCCACUCGACAGUUGUGCCUAGCCUAUGUACAGAUAUGCCAGAUGCCGCUACAGGAACAAGAUCGACCAGUCCAGCAAAGAGACAACGGAAUAUUGCAUCAUAUCUGCUGAAUCGUGCAACAUUUGAUGCUGAGCGUAAAGCUAUCUCAAAUUUGAUGCAUUUAAUUUCACCGAGCAGUUUUAAAGCUGAUCAAACUGAUAAUAUUGUCAAUGUGACAAAGUUGCAUAAUUAUUUAGAAAAACGACUAAUCGAUAUGCUCCCAUUGCGAUUAGGUUAUCUGAAAGGAUCACAAAGAACUUGGGAUUAUAGACGGGAUCCAGGGGAUACACUGUCAAGGCGGUCAGCAACUAUACUAAGUCAAGAUAAACCGCCUAUUCAUCCGUCGACAAAUCAAUUUAUGCAGACUCGUAAUAGCCUUAUUCAACGUGUCUCAGCAACAUACACCCAAAUAUACAAUUUGACAAGCCUACAAGCUAAACUAAAGUAUAUUAAUGCCUGGGAACAGUUACGUCAACAUGGGAUUGUCUUUUUCCCAGCACGUAUCGAAGUGACUGUACCGUUAAAUAGUAUCUUAGGUAGUGAUGCAUGCUCCCGAUCUGAAUAUGGUGGUACAAGUGGUUGGAUCCCUGGGAUAAAUAGACCGUCAAGCAGUGGGAAUGUCACUGUGUCAAUGAGUCGUAAAGCCGAGGCGGUUGGAAUCGGUGCAACAAGAAUUUACCGGUGUGACUUGAGCAAUGGAGAAAUACUGGCUAGCUGGAGGAUGUCAACAGUUCAAGGUUGGCAUAUUAAUUGGGAGUUGAGUGAAGUUGUGCUCAUGCUGGCUAGUCAAUUACAUCAUCAACAACAACAACACCAGCAACAGCACCAAUCGACCAGUCAACAGCACCAACAAGUCCAGUCUAAAACUGAUCAUUACACAACAAAGUCAUCUGAGUGUUCCGGCAGAGUGAUUAUCCGACCAAUAGAUGUAUCCGUUAGAACUGUUGCUGAAUUUCUCGGUGGUUAUACAUUUUUGAAUUUAAGAGCUCCAGAGAAAAACCAGUGUCUUGCUGAAGAUACUUUUUAUAAGUUGACCACAGGAAUGCCUUUACCGCCAAUAUGA